CCUAGCUUCUCUCACCCUUUCCACAUUGCAAAAAUGGUUUAUGAACAACUAUGCCACUCAUUAAAGGCCUACCUUUUCCCAUUCUUCUUGUUGGUCUCUUCUAAUUGGUUUCAAUCCGUCGGUGCCCUCAACAUCGGCGUCCAAGCCAUCGAUGCCUCCGUCAGCGUGAGUAAAAGCUGUAGUCGAACAUGUGAGUCGGACUUCUGUUCAGUGCCUCCUUUUUUGAGAUAUGGCAAGUAUUGUGGGUUGUUGUACAGUGGAUGUCCUGGGGAGAAGCCUUGUGAUGGGCUUGAUGCCUGUUGUAUGAAGCAUGACGCCUGUGUUCAAUCUAAGAACAAUGCAUAUUUAAGCCAAGAGUGCAGUCAAACGUUCCUAAAUUGCAUGACAAAUUUCAAGAAAGCGGGAGGCCGUACAUUCAAAGGGAACACAUGUGACGCUGGAGAAGUUAUAGAAGUUAUAUCGGUUGUUAUGGAGGCCGCUUUGCUUGCUGGCAGAUAUCUCCAUAAGCCUUAAUUAAUUAUGACUAAAUGCUGACGUACGGCAAGAUAGGCCUCUCUCUACAACCACAAUAAUAAAUUUGUCAAGGAACUCAAAUUUUAUACAUUCCGACUCAACAAUUUCAAACACCCAACCAAUUCUUCAUAUCGAUGAUGGCAUUUUUAAAUUACAAUCACACAUUUUUUAAUUUUUUACUAACACCCAGAUUUUUAAACAUUUUUAUAGACUAUAUUUAAAUAUUUCACGGACUUUUUUUUA